AUGUCGUUCAGUACGGAGAGAACUAAAAAGAGAAGCUCGAGUGUUACUUCUUCCGAGAUGUCAUGGGCUGUCCAAAUGAACGAGGUGACACUGAAGGAGAGACGCAAGUUGGUGAAGGGAUUCACUGACUUUUUGGAGUCUUCGGGUCGUAUGGAGAGUGAUAUGUAUGAGGCACUCAAGGCGGCGUACAAAGGCAAUGAGAGACAGUCAGAAGUGCUUGUAGAGCCGGUGAAAAAGUACUGUCAUGAGUUGCGAGAACGAUUUGAAGAACUUGGCGGAGAGAGAUGGCCGCUAGAGAUUAUUGGAAUAAUGAGGGAAAAUGGAGUGGAAACGGUAGAAGAGUUGCGUGAACUCUGUGAGAAAGGUGUAGAAAUGGUGCCAGGUGGCAUCGUGGAGAAUGCCAACAAGGCCCAGGAUGAGUUGGCAUUGUCACAAGAUGCUUGGAAUGAGGAGAGAGAGACGUUGUUUAGAGAAUUGAACAAGCUGAAAGAGGAGAAGAGAUUGGCUGAGGAGGCUGUCUCGAAGUACAAAAAGACGCUAAAGGAGGAGCGUAAGGCAAGUAGCGAGUUGAGAGGACUGCUCAGAAAGCAGGAAAGUGAGCCUAAGAAGGCUGGACAUUCCCGUGAUACUAAGGAAGUUCCGGUGCCCUCGAGGUUGGAGGUGGUCAGAAAGUGGUCCCCAGGGUAUUCGGAUGACGAAUUCUCGAGGCAUGGAAGGCGUGGAGAAUUCUCGGAUAGUGAAAGAAGUUGGGGUGAAGAUUGGAAGAGUGGCAGAAGUUCCAGGUAUAGCGCGAGGAACGAGGUUAUGAUGGGAAUGGUGGCAUCUAUGGGGAGAAUGAUGAAAGCGUUGGCGUUGACAGAGCCAAAAACGUUUGACGGUACUGGGGACUUCAAGGAGUUCAAGAGAGCGUUCUUGCUGAAAUACCAGCAGGAGAGGCCGAUUGCUGAGUUGUUUGUGGAGUUUGAGAGAAAACUCCGGAAGAGACAGGGGGAGGCUGAGGCCUUGCAUGAAUUCGAUUGCCUUCAGAAGGCUCCGGGACAGAAGUUGUGGGAGUACCUGGUGGAGGUAGAGAAGUGGUCGAAAAAAGCGUAUCCCGAGGUCGAGAAAGCGACGUUGUCGCAGAUGAAAACGACAAAGUUGAUGAGAGCUACGGAGGAUGAUGACAUGCUGCAGUCGGUGCUGGUAGCUAAACGGUUGGAGUUGCCACUGGCGGCGCAGUAUGACCAGUUGAAGGAUAUUGUACUCCAGAGGGAGAAUGAGAAACUGCGGAAGCAGAAAGAGAGAAUGGGGAGAUUGGGAGAUCAGAGAAACAGUGAUGGUCGUCGGUCGCCUGAAGGUAGUAACGAUGGUGACCGGAAAACUGUAGGGGAGAGAAGAGAUAGUGGAGCGAAAAUGAAAUGCUUCACUUGUGGAGGAAUUGGACAUGGUUCCUGGCAAUGUGUAUCGAAAAGAGUCGAUAAAGUGCAGAUCCAGGAGGGGACUGUCGAGAAUGCCCUCAAAAUUGAUACGAAAAACUUUUCACCAUUCUCUUAG